AUGCUUUAAGCGGUUCUUCUAUGUUCUUUCAAGGUAAAAUGUUGGGACACGUUGAUCCCGCUGAGCUUCAGUGCACCGUGGCAGUGGAGCGCUUGAAUCCUGCAGGGCAAGCCAUCAAACGGCAGCUCAUGCGCAAAGCCACUGUCACAUUAGGGCGCAACGAGUUUCAGGAGAUGGUCCUGCGUGUCCACGAUGGCAAAGCUCCUCAGAACUUCAUGCUGCGCGAUUUCCAGCUCUUUACGCGCUUCGCAAAGGAUGGUAAAUGUACUGUUAAAUUCGUCCCGGAGAGCACACAGGUUCUAGUCUCUGAUUGUCCACCGGAUCGUUUGAAGGUGUUCCUCAAGACGCUCAGCAUCAAACAUCAAGCAUCCCAAAGCAACAAGCCUAUGAGUGGUAGGGCUAAACUACGAGCCGGCCUUCCUAGAGCCUUUGAGACCGUCAGUCCUCUCCAGCUGAAAGAUGUACAGAAAGCAAACGAGCUGAGAAGUAAAGUGAACACCCCAAUUCAACCCAAAGGUCCUUCAGAGAGACCUGUCAAUAAGGUCUUGGGUGAAAGGAAACAAGUAAAAAGACCCAGACCUGAUUGUGACACUAGUCCGGUUAAGGCGCUUCACCCCAAUAAGAAGCCUGUCUUGGUUCUGCCCGUGGCACAAAAGCUAAGCAAAGAACAAACUGCAGUUCUCAAUGCAGUCUUGAGUGGCAAGAAUGUGUUUUUCACAGGCAGUGCAGGUACAGGGAAGUCCUUCUUGCUCAAAAGGAUUGUAGGCUCUCUGCCUCCAAAAAGCACAUAUGCAACCGCGAGCACCGGCGUCGCAGCCUGUCACAUCGGAGGGACCACACUUCACAGUUUUGCAGGUAUUGGGUCCGGCUCUGCUCCUCUUGAACAGUGUCUUGAGCUCGCUCAGCGUCCUGGGGUUCUGCAGCACUGGACCUCCUGCAAACACCUCAUUAUUGAUGAGAUCUCAAUGGUGGAGGCCCAGUUCUUUGACAAACUAGAAGCCAUAGCCAGGUCCAUCAGAAGAUCAACUGAGCCAUUUGGAGGGAUUCAGCUGAUUGUGUGCGGAGACUUUCUUCAACUUCCUCCUGUAACAAAAGGAAAGGACAAAGCUAACUUUUGUUUCCAGUCGAGAAGCUGGCGGAAGUGUAUCCACAUGAACAUGGAGCUGAUGGAGGUGCGCAGACAAACAGACAAGGCCUUCAUUUCUCUCCUCCAGGCUGUGAGAGUGGGCAGAGUCACAGAGGAAGUUACCGCACAGCUGCUGAGAAGUGCCAAUCACUGCAUCGAGAGGGAUGGUAUCCUAGCAACCAGGCUGUGCACACACAAGGAUGAUGUGGAGCUCACCAAUGAGAAUAAACUCAAACAUUUACCAGGGGCCGUGAGAGUAUUCGAAGCUGUGGAUAGUGACCCUAUGCUGGUUCAGACCAUUGACGCCCAGAGUCCAGUGAGUCGGCUGUUACAGCUCAAAGUAGGCGCUCAGGUCAUGCUUACUAAAAACCUGGAUGUCCAGAGGGGUCUAGUGAAUGGAGCCAGAGGAGUAGUGGUUGACUUUCAGCCAGGGAAUCAAGGUCUCCCUCGGGUGCGAUUCCUCUGCGGGGCUGUUGAGUUAAUGAAGAGAGAGCGUUGGCUUUUUAAAGCGUCCGGGGGGCUGUACCUGAGCCGACAGCAGCUGCCACUCAAACUGGCCUGGGCCAUUUCAAUCCACAAGAGUCAGGGCAUGACUUUGGAUUGCGUGGAGAUCUCUUUGGCGCGUGUGUUUGAGAGCGGCCAGGCUUAUGUUGCUCUGUCACGGGCUCGGAGUCUGGAAGGCCUGCGUGUGAUGGACUUUGAUCCUCGAGUGGUGCAGGCCAACCAGGACGUGCUGCUCUUCUAUAAGAGACUGAGGAAAGAGAGGCUCCUCAUGCAGUCCUCGAUGAAUGACUUUGUGGGACAGAGCAAUAAGGAGAAUUACCCUUGGUGAGGAAGUGACCGGAAGCUCUAGUUUUCAUAUGCACUGUGUGCAUGGAUUCAUCAGGAACAUGAAUUGAAUUCAGUUAGUGUUUUUCUUAUUGGAUAAAUUAUGCUGCUUUUCAGCUGAAUAUUUAUUUUUAUAAUUACGGUCUAAACCCUGUUUUAUUUUGACCAUGUUUUUCUUUUAAUAAAAUUAUUUUGUU